AUGAAAGAAAGUGGGGAGCCCCCGGCGCCGGUGGCCUCGGCGCCGGCGGCCUCGGGUCCUCUUUCGCGGGACUCGAGGAGUCUCUUGCCGCCGCGAGUUCGCGCCUCCGUGGAUCGGAAAAUCGAAGCUGGAGACGUCUAUGACGCUCACCAGCUCGUGCGCACACUCUUCUUCAGAUAUAUGGCGCGAACCGAGGCGAUGCAGGCCGCGGAGCUCUGUCGCAUCUACGGGCUUCGCUUCGCAGCCCUAGGCCAGGACGCUCUCGCGGUUGACCUCGGCAUGAACAUGUUGAAGGCCAUCGAAGCGAGCCGCUCUGCGGACGAGCCCACCCCGCUGACGGAUGACCAACUCGAACAGAUCGUCGAGCUCUUCCACGCGUGCGCCGCGGCAGAUGUCAAGAAUGGCGUGGAUAAAUACAAAUUCAUCAACCGCGCGCUGAAGCUGUCGCGGACGUCUCAGGCUCCAUUUGGGCACGUUCGCCUGCACCGCGCAGCUGCGGAUGCCUACUGGAAGGAAAAGCGCUUCGGCUCCUCGCAAGGCCACCUGAUCUACUGCCGUGAUCCCGAAACGCUGUCCCAAAUGGUUCGCGACUGGCAGGAGGUGGGCUACCUGAGCGAGCGUCCCUUCUUUUGGCUGCGUCUCACGCUGAUCCUUUUGUGUCUUGAAGACGUCGAAACGGCAGAAAAAGUCAUUCUCAACGGCACAGGAGAGAACUGGGACUCCUCUGAGGUCCCGGCGCCGCUGCAGCUCGCGUAUCUCCUCGUCUGCGCCUGCAAGUUCAAGAGCGAGAAGCUCUUUGACCUGCUCAAGCAGAGAUACCACCUCGUCUUGCGGCGCGACGAGACCUUCGCAAAGUACAUGGGCGAGAUCGAGCGACGAGUCAUCGGCAGAGUCCAGCGACCCUCUGGCGGCCUGGCUUCGCUCUUCUCUUCUCUCAUGGCUGGCAUGGCUGCCGAUGACGACGGUUGA